UGAGGCUGGGCUCGGGGCGCGGCGCGGCCGGCGGUGACAGCGCGGAGCAUGGCGUGGCGCCUGGGCAGGCUGGGCGCGGGGCCGUGCUGGCGGGCGGCGCGGGGCGGCUGCGGGGAGCUGCGCGCUGGGUCCGUGCGCUCCGCGGCCGCGCGCCUCUGCCCGCCGCCUGGCACCGCGCGCUCGGGGCAGAGCCGCGGGCUGGCGCACGGCCCCACCGCGGGAGGCGGCCCCCGGCUGCGGGCCGGGCUGGCGGCGGCGCUGGCGGGGCUGGCCGGGCUGGCCGCCUCCGCCUUCGGGCACGCGCAGCGGGCUGAGAUGGUGCCGAAGAGCUCCGGGGCGCGGGGCCCCUCGCCGGGGAGGUCGGAGGACGAAGACGAGUUGUCCCGCCGCUGCCGCCGCUUCAUGGCCUCGCCGGUGACCGACCUGCGCGAGCUGCGGGGGAGGCCGGGCGACAUGAAGACCAAGAUGGAGCUGCUGAUCCUGGAGACUCAGGCCCAGGUGUGCCAAGCGCUGGCACAGGUAGACGGGGGCUCCCGCUUCUCUGUGGACCGAUGGGAGAGGAAGGAAGGAGGUGGAGGCAUCAGCUGUGUACUCCAAGAUGGACAUGUUUUUGAAAAGGCUGGGGUGAGCAUUUCUGUCGUUCAUGGAAAUCUUUCUGAGGAAGCAGCAAAACAAAUGAGAAGCAGAGGGAAAAUUCUGAAGACUAAAGAUGGUAAAUUACCAUUUUGUGCUAUGGGUGUGAGCUCUGUUAUCCACCCGAAGAACCCUCAUGCUCCUACUAUCCAUUUCAACUACAGAUACUUUGAAGUAGAAGAAGCUGAUGGUAAUAAGCAGUGGUGGUUUGGUGGUGGAUGUGACCUUACUCCAACAUACUUGAACAAAGAGGACGCUGUCCAUUUUCACAGAACUCUAAAGGAGGCUUGUGACAAGCAUGGUCCAGAUCUUUACCCCAAAUUUAAAAAAUGGUGUGAUGAGUACUUUUUUAUAGCUCAUCGUGGAGAGCGGAGAGGCAUUGGGGGCAUCUUCUUUGAUGACCUUGACUCCCCAUCCAAGGAGGAGGUGUUUCGCUUUGUGCAGAGCUGUGCCCAAGCUGUGGUUCCUUCUUACAUUCCCCUUGUGAAAAAGCACUGUAAUGACUCAUUCACUCCCCAGGAAAAGUUGUGGCAGCAACUCCGGAGAGGACGGUAUGUGGAAUUUAAUCUGCUGUAUGAUCGGGGCACCAAGUUUGGUCUUUUCACUCCAGGAUCCAGGAUUGAAAGCAUCUUAAUGUCUUUACCUCUAACUGCCCGAUGGGAGUACAUGCAUUCCCCCUCAGAGAACUCCAAAGAAGCUGAAAUUCUGGAAGUUCUGCGCCAUCCGAGGGACUGGGUGGUACAUGAGUUUGUGGGACCUCACAGCUUUCCCAUGAACGAAGACAAGAGGGGAGCAGAGAUGAAAGACCAGAGGCAAAAUGAAAAAGCUGAAGAAUGAGAGCACAAGAUUUGUGUCCUGGUUGUGCCUCUAUUAUUUCCUGGAUGAGUGAUCUUGAGAACUCGCCAUGAAUCGUUUUUCUCACCUGAGUAAGAAGCUUAAUAAGCACAUCCUAUCAGUGCUUGAAUGAAAAUACGUUGAGAUAAUAAAAUAAUAUAUGCAGACAUGCUUCAUUAAUUAAAAGAAUACAAAAAUAUUGGUAACUGACCACAAAGAGGAAAGAUGUACUUUUAAAACUAUUAGACUCCAGACUGACAUGGAAUCAGCCUGCCUGGAUUCCAGCAAUUAACUCUUCUUUUUCAUUAGCUCAGUGCUGCCACUUUCUUACUUCCACAAUUGGAAUAACAAUAGUUACUUAAAAUAGGGAUACUUGGAAACUUUCCUCAGUUCCACAUCAGAAAGUGCUCAACAGUUACUAUUGCUAGUCCUUCCCAAAUCCACCCAGAAAGACUUUAGUGUCUUGUCUUUACAGUUCAGCUCAACCAAUUGUCAGGUCCCAAGACCUCCCUGGUGAUGCAAGGUGUUAAGUCUCAGCACUAUGAAGCUGUCUUCAGCCACUGUGGCACAAGUUCUAUCCCUGGGCAGGGAGCUUCCCACAUGGCGCAGCAGACCUCUCCUGUCUUGCCUGCUGCUCCCCUCAGCAGUGUAUUUCAGUAGAUCUGCCUGGUCUGCUCCCCACUCUGUCUCUGGUGAAUCUUCUCACCCCCUAUAACUCUGGCCUGCACCCCAGGUCUUGUAUGCAUAAAUAAAUAAGAAUAAAUCUUUAAAAAACAUUCACGUCUCACUGCAGAAGAAACACUGACUUUCCAGGACUUCUCUUAAGGCAUCACCUUCUAUCUCCCCGGCCUGUAGUCCUACUGCUCGCUCCUCAACCCUGCAAGUGGGUAGGUGGCUUUAGUAUUCACUAUUCUAUUAAAAAAUGUUUUAGAGGAAGUAAAUUAUAUACCAUACUUUGGACAGUUAAAAGUGAGGUGGUGCAUUUAGAAAGGGAGAAAAUUUUAAAUAUAGAACAGUGAACAAUUCUGUUUUUAACUUGCAAUACACAGUUGAUGAUAUAGGUAUAGAUGAGAACUAGAAUAAUACUCUUACUGUUGAUAACCUUUUGAAAAAGAUUUUUAUUCUUUUUUUUCUUCGUGUUAGUAUUUUCAGUUGCCACCUGUCUUCUUGGAUAGCUAUAACUUCCUUCCUGCAAAGCUGCUAGGUUUCACUAGGACUGGGGAGGUUCUGAAUCUUGCGUGUGAUUGCUUUUCUCAGUUCAGUAAAGAGAUCAGUCACCAAGUCACCCUUUACUUUCCAGUGAUGGCUGCCACCUCUCGUUUUCAUGAGAACUGAUAAAAGCAAAUGAGUCAGCCCCUAGGACCCUUCAAGAGUGGCACGCGAUGUUCAGGCUAACCUCAACCUUAGCUGAACUAAAGAGGUUUCAAAAAAAGUCUUCAAAGAAACCCUCCUUCCAAAAAUACAGGCAUGCAUCUGGCUUCCUUCUGCUUUCCCGCUUCUAUUUGCCUCUUAUUUAGUUUUCUGGAUUUCAUUUAACUUUUCAGAAUCAUCAAAGUAUGAUUUUUACUUUAGAUCAAAAAAGCAGUGAUAUAGUAGUCUGUGAUCUUCCCCUUAAAGGUAAGAUUCUGCGUUGAUACGUGUAAAGAGAAGGUCUUUUAGUUAGCACAAGGGGCGGAUGUGUUUAUCCUGUUAAUUAUCAGUCACCUUCUAGUUAAGAAGUAGACUAUAAGAAAGACAUUUCUGCUUAUGCUGGCUUGUUGGUUUCCUUUUCUUCCUCAGAUAAGUUUUGUUUCAAUGAUUAUUUUCAUAAUUGUGCCAUAUCCUCUCCUCUGUUAAGGUCCUAACUGCAUUUUAAGAAAAUCACAAUUUUGAUUUUAUGAUUUAGAAUGAUACAUGUAAUAAAAUAAUCAU